AUGUCUGCCAACGACGUGGGCACAAUUCCUCUGCUCUACAGACUCUUCUUCCUCUACAUCGAGCCCAUUUCCGCUGUGGUAGGCUCCUACUAUGCCGCAGGCAGACCUGCGGAGUACCUCGCCUACCUCUCCUCCACCCCGUCGCCGACCACCACCACCCCGCCAACAGCUACCCUCAUAUCCCUUUACCAGCUCUCGAACCUCUAUCUUCUCUUCGCGCUGAACGAGCACUUCGUCCUCACGUCCACCACCUCGCGCCGCACGUGGCGCUGCCUCCUCUUUUGUCUGCUCGUCGCGGACUUUGGGCAUCUCGCGACGAUGCUGCCACUUGCAUGGGAGAAGGGCAUCGCAGACGUGUUUCUGAAUGUCGCUGGGUGGUCGGCGAUGGAGUGGGGGAGCGUGGGCUUUGUGUAUGCGGGGGCGUCGAUGAGGAUUGCAUUCCUAGCAGGCAUCGGACUUGGUGGACCAGCCGAGGACACACGGAAAACGGAGUAA